AUGGACACAGGAGUCCUAUUCUACGAGAUUGAUCCACCGUACAUCCACGAGGACCCGGUGCGCGGCGAGUAUUACAUCUACUGUGCGGUACCUCGUAUCCGUAAUUAUGUAGUUCAUGGUAGACCUUUCCAGUACCCUAUUAGGACAGCAUACUUUAAUCAUGAUGCACCCUAUGAUUUUCCUUUAUCUUGGUUACACCCCGGCGGACCUGAGAUACCUCAUCCUGAGGAGCAGAUGCCACCUCCACCUGACUAUCCGCCUCCACCUGAACCUCCUCUACCUGAUGAGCCUAUACCUGCCCAGCCUAUCCAUGAGUCACCUCCUGCACCUUUUGUCCUUGAUGAGUGGGGUGUUCCUGUGUUGCCACCCAAGCUUGAUCCUUUACCUGAGCUGAUCGAGCCUCCUGUCUUUGAUGAGCAGCAGGGACAUGAGUAUGAUCAGAUCAUGGAGGUGCCACCUCCUUCUCCCGACUCAGCUAGCCCACUUACUUUGGCUGGUCUCACAGUAUAUACGUAUAAUCAGAGAACGAUAUUCACCCUAGACUCAGAAGACUACCUAGAGCAGGAUCCUCUUCGCAGAACGAUCAUCAACGAACUACGGUAA